AUGGACGACAAGGAAAUUCCCUCAAUGCGACCGUUAUCGGCUGCCACAUUCGACGACAAUGUAGGACUACUUAGUCAUGAUGAAUCCUCUGGGCUAAGGAUGACGACGGCAAUUUCACCACCUGCAUACUACCGUGGCGUUCAUUCUCGGGGAAAUUCAUCAAUCGACAUUGGUCAAAAUCCUUUUGAUGAUGUGAUAGAGCCACCUACUCCCCAAAAGGAGCAUAAAGGAUUCCCUGGCCCCUCGUCAGCCACCUCAAUGCUGAGGAAACUCACAACCAAAGUCAAUCCAAUGGCAAGAGCACAAUUUCGAACAGUGAAAAGGAACCAAGGGCGACAGUACGCAACGUUAGACGAAGGGGAGGAGGAUGUCGGAACCCCUGGUGUGGAUCUCUCGUCUCUUGAAGGCCUCGGCUGGGAGCUUACAGACAUGUCGGGACACGAAGACCCCAAGGCGAAUCUACAGGAUCAACAGACGGAGUAUGCGCCCUCAAAACCACAGAGUGGAAAACCUGGAUUUCGAGACUUUGUCGACAAGAGGAGAUCCGUCGGUGAAGGAAUGAGAGAUAUCGGUGUCCAGCUCCGACGAGAUCCAACGAAACUGAUUCGGAGGAGUUCCGCACAGCGAAAUGGUCACAGCUCGGGAAUUGACCGAACCAAAACCGUACGCGAGUUUGGCAAGAACCUCGCUCAAGAAAAGAAUAUGAUCGUCGAAGUAGAAGAGCCUGUCGACCUCAGUUCUCUGGAAGGCGGCCAGCCAGAUAAUCGGGCCAGCACAUUUUUCGAUAGCAUGACUCCGAGAAGUAGUGUGGUGCCACAAGAGACGAAGAGUUACUUCUUCCCCGAAGAUCCAGAUAUUCCGAAUUGGAAACCAUGGUCGAUGAGUGCUGGAUAUAUUCUGGCCUUGACGGCGCUUGCACUUGGUCUCGCAGGCUUUCAGGAGUAUUUGUGUCAAAAGUCGAUUAAAGAGGCGAGAAAUGGCGGUGGGAUCCUGGCAUUCAACAGGGUCGCUGAUAUAUCGACCUGGGACUUUUUCGCCUGGAAAUAUCUUCCAACGAUGAUCGCAAUUGUUUUCGCUGUCCUAUUCUCCAUUAUGGACUUUGACAUCCGUCGCCUCGAACCAUUUUAUCAGCUCUCCCAACCUGGUGGUGCAAAAGCAUCAUCCAGUUUGAAUCUGGAUCACCUGACCAUGUUCCAGUACUUUGUUCCCUUCAAAGCUUUCCGGUUGAAGCAAUGGGCGGUGUUAUUCUCUACCACAGGCAACAUUAUCGCAUCAAUGGUUGCUCCGGCUCUGCAAAAUCCAUCGAUCCAGUUCGACAGUAACCCCAAAUGUGAUCCGAACGGCUGUCCAACACCAGAAGAUAACCGGUACUGGGUACGAGUUUCAAGCGUCUAUUCUCGCCUACUCUCAGCCAGUUAUGUCGUGAUUGCCUUAAUCCUCGUGAUUCUGUUCAUUCAAUUACGACGGAAGUCUGGCUUGCUGAGUGACCCCAAAGGCAUCGCCGGAAUCGCAUCCAUGGCUACCAAAUCACAUAUUUUGCAGGAUUUCGCAGCAAUGGACGAGGCCAAUCUUGGUCAAAUUCACAAGCGGCUACAGCAUCGACGAUAUGUGUUGUACAAAUCAUCUGUUUGGCAGGGUGAAUGGUCGUCGGCCAACGAAGCGUUCCAGGACAGUGAACGAAAACUGACGAGUCCCCACCCAAUGAUGCUGCGGACAAGCGCGGCAAUCCCUUUUUUACUCUUCAUGGGCUUUUGCCUGGCAGCAGUACCUCUAAUAACAUUAACACCAGCACGAAUAGUUCCAAACAGUGCACCCUGGCUUCCUAUCGUGGUUGCCACGGCGCUGAAACUAUUCUUCAGUACUUUCGAGGCCGACGUGCGACUUAUGGAACCGUUUUUCAUCCUGUCCGAGGGCAAUGCGCCCCCGCAGAACAGUCUAACAUUGGAUUAUCAAUCUUCAGUGUAUGGGAUCAUGCCAUUCAAGGCAUUGUUCAACAAACACUACUUGGUGGCACUAGUGGGAUUUUCAUCCGUCUUGUUAGAUAUCCUGACCGUCACGGUCAGUUCCUUCUCCGUGGACUCACAGGAUUUCAUGCAUUUGAAAGUAAACAAAGAUCUCUCCCAGGGCGAUGAGACUUAUAUAUCUUUCUGGGUAUCGCUCAUUCUCUCGAUGACGAUACUGGCAUUCGUCAUCUUCGUCACGACAUUGGUAUACAUCAGGCGACGACAUCCAUUCCUUCCUCGCGAACCUUCGACCAUCGCCGCCGUCCUGGCAUUCAUCUACGCGAGUAACAUGUUGACCGAUUUCAUCGACACAGAAACGCUGAACAACAAGCAAAUGGAGACCAGGCUGAAGACGCUGGGCAAAACAUAUGGCUUGGGGUGGUUUCGAGGCCGUGAUGGGAAAGUCCAUUGUGCGAUUGACGAGGAGCCGAUGAAGAGCAGAUACGUCCACGGCAAGUCGUAUGCAAUGGCACAGGCCGGGCCGUUACAACCUGCCGAAACGUUUUAUGCUGUCUAG